AUGCUGAACGCCAGAAGCGUCCUCGUAACAGGAUCCAAUCGGGGCAUUGGCCUGGAGCUGAUCCGGCAGCUGUUGGGGAAAAGCAACCGUCCGGAAUGGAUCUUUGCAACCUGCCGGGACCCAGAGGGUCCACGUGCCCAGGAGUUGAAGAAUUUGGCUGCUGAACAUCCUGAAGUUAAGAUCAUUCCCCUGGAGGUUACGGAUCUGUCCAGCAUCCAGGCUGCUGUGGCCAGAGUCACGGACUAUCUGCAAGGAGCUGGCCUGAAUCUCCUGAUCAACAACGCUGGGACUUCAAGGACAACGACCCUGGAAUCAGAGAUGGCCGAGAAAAUGGCCGAGGUGUACAGAAGCAACACGAUAGGGCCCAUGAUGGUGAGCCAGGCAUUUCUGCCCUUGCUGAGGAAGGCGUCUCGGGAAAGCUCCCAGAAAGGGAUGAGCUGUAGCAAAGCCGCCAUUGUCAACAUGUCUAGUGAAGCUGGCUCCAUCACCAACCUCUACAUAUGGGACCUUGGACAAGUCAUUGGUUACCGCUGUAGUAAGGCUGCUCUGAACAUGCUCACUCGGUGCCAGUCGCGAGGCUAUGUAGAAGAUGAGAUUCUGUGCAUUGCAAUGCACCCUGGAUGGGUGCAGACAGAGAUGGGAGGUCCAAUGGCCCCCCUAGCAGUGGACACAAACAUUCGAGCCAUCCUGAAAACCCUCGGCAGCCUGUCUGAGAAAGACAACGGCACUUUUGUGAACUGGGAGGGGACAGCCCUGCCUUGGUGA